CCCCUCGGCCGGCAGACGGACCAGCAGGCGGAGGCUCGGGCCUUCCUCAGCGAGGAGAUGAUCGCUGAGUUCAAGGCCGCCUUCGACAUGUUCGACGCGGAUGGCGGCGGGGACAUCAGCACCAAGGAGCUGGGCACGGUGAUGCGCAUGCUGGGCCAGAACCCCACCAAGGAGGAGCUGGAUGCCAUCAUCGAGGAGGUGGACGAGGACGGUGAGGGCCGUGCCAAGGGGCCGUGCCGGGGGCUGGGCCCGUGUCCGCCCGGUCCCACGUGCGGCCCCGUGUCCUGCAGGAACGCGGAUGGCUUCAUUGACAUCGAGGAGCUGGGUGAGAUCCUGAGGGCCACGGGUGAGCACGUCACCGAGGAGGAGAUCGAGGACCUCAUGAAGGACUCGGACAAGAACAAUGACGGUCGCAUCGACUUUGAUGAGUUCCUCAAGAUGAUGGAGGGUGUGCAGUAAGGACCAGACAUUCCCGGGGCGCCGCCGCCCGCAGCCCCGCUCCGCGCCGGCG